AUGUGCUGUCUCGAUACCGAAGGCACACGUUAUUUCUGCGGUCACUACAUCAUCACCAAGAAGCUGCGCAAGCACGACUGCCAGAGCCCGUGGUGCUGGAACUCUAUCCGCCACCGCUGUCCGCCCAACUCCGGCUGCAGCUGCGACCGCUACUUCGGUCCUGACGCGAAUGAGACCGUCACCGAGGUCAGCCCCGACUUCUGCCCGGAGUGCGCCCCCCAUUUCGGCCCGAAACGCAUCAGGCGCCGCCAGUAG